AUGAGCAAACAAAAAUCGACAACAACUGUUAUCAGUGGUGCAGCAGCGAUGCCUAGCACCACCACUAUUACCAACGCGAACAAUCGUGCUGCUGUUGUGUUGUCUCGAUCUAUGCGUCGGGUUCUUCAAAAUUUCCGACUUCUAUGGCUUGAUGCCAAAUUGGAUGAAUCCAAUGACGAUUUCAAGAAAUCGUUUCGACGCCUGAGACGUGUUGUAGCAAGCAUCGAAACAUUUACAGAUGCUCAAGAAUGCAUUGAUUUUCUCAGUACCAUUAAAAAUGAAAAGGUAUUUAUGAUCAUAUCUGAUUCACUGGGACGGCAAAUAAUAGCAGAUAUUGAAACAUGGCCACAACUGGAGUCAGUCUAUGUAUUCUGUCGCAACCAAGCGGCCCAUGAACAAUGGGCCAAUAAAGUACCAAAGAUUAAAGGCGUAUACACAAAAAUCAAGCCCAUAUGUAAGGCAUUGCAAAUCGACCGUGAAAAUUGUGAUCGAGCUAUGAUCUCGAUCAACUUUAAUGGUCUCGAUCCAUUAUUUAUGUAUACGCAACUUUUAAAAGAAGCACUUUUGGAAAUUGAAGAUGACGAUGUCAAAUCGAUUAAAGAUCUCGUAGAGUACUGUCGUCUACAAGAUGAUAUUGAUGAAGGUCAAAUUAGUAAGGUCGAAAAUGAAUAUCGUGACUAUACACCAAUAUGGUGGUAUACAGCUGAAACAUUUAUUUAUCCCAUGCUCAAUCGUGGACUCCGACAAAUGGAUGUUGACAUCAUCCUUAAAAUGGGCUUUUUCAUCCGUCAUUUACAUCAACAUAUUAAAGAAUUACAUCGUGAACAACAAGGAAACAUGCCAACAAAUUUUCAAGUCUUCCGUGGACAAGGUUUGUCCAUGGAAGAUUUUGAAAAAAUGAAAAAAACCAAAGGAGGACUUAUGUCCUUUAAUAAUUUCCUGUCAACAAGUCGUAAUUGUCAGAUAUCUUUCAACAACUUUGCACGACCAGCUACAAACAAUCCCAAUUCAGUUGGCAUCCUCUUCGUUAUGAACAUUGACACGGCUAUUUGCACAAAAUUCUCAACACCAUUUGCUGAAGUAAGCAAAGUUGGCUACUACAAAGAUAAAGAGGAAGAAAUACUAUUUUCAACACAUGCGAUUUUUCGUAUCAAUCGCAUUGAACGAAUUCACGAUAAUCACUGUGAUCGGCUGUACGAAGUUAAUCUCACUAUUGUCGGUAAUGACAAUCAUGAAUUGAACACACUUAUGGCACAUAUACGUAACGACCUUCGUGUGCGUACAGGAUGGUCUCGACUUGGGAUUAUGAAAUCAUUUUUUCACAUCUUAUUUCGAUUAACAUUAACAUAUUCGUUAUUGAAGGUUACAAUUGAAGAUUACAAAUAUUAUUUUGAUCAAUUUUAA